AUGGUGAAAUAUUUAUUUGUCCACUAUAAUUUAAUGUUAUUGGUAUUUUUUGUGACAAAAUCUUUAGGGGAUUCGGAAGGAAAAUAUUCUGAUUAUAUUACAGAAUGCAAAAAAGAGUAUCCAGUGACACAAGAUGACUUAGAGCAGUUUCUGUAUAAGAAGAUACCAGAUAAUGACACUGUAAAAUGUCUUUUUGCGUGCAUUUAUAAGAAGACUGGAAUAAUGGAUGACGAGGGAAAAAUGUCAGUAAAAGGUACUCGUAAGAUUAUCAAAAGACAUUUAGCUGAUAAUCCCGCCGUCAUGAAAAAAGCAUAUGCAUUUGCAAAGGCAUGCGAAAGUGUAAAUGAAGAAGCUGUAAGUGAUGGCACUAAAGGCUGUGAAAGGACCGCGUUAAUGUUCAGAUGCAGUAUUGAAAAGGCACCGAAGCUCGACAUUUUGGCGUAA